CGCUGAAUAACGCAGCCCUAAAUUGGUAGACAGCAACGAUAACAACACUACAUCGUCUUCUCUGUUUCUGUCUCCACUGUCACUUUAAUCUUAAACCCUAAACCCUCCUCAUCUUACUAGUUAAUCGUUCCUCCUGCUUCAACCUCCAUAUAUACGAGUUUAGUUUUUUUGGGCUUGAAGAGAAAUGGUAAGGCCAUAUGGGGUAAAAGGGCAGAAGCGGAAGAAGAGAAAGGAGAGAUAUGACAAAGAGGAAGAUGUGGAUGAACAAAGCAUACAAGAGGCUAAGAGAGCUAUGACAUCAAAAGCUGAAAUGGGUACUCAAAGCAGUGAAGAAGAAGAAGAAGAAGAAGAAGAAACAGAAAAGGAACAAGAACAAGAAGAAAAGAAAGAAUCAGACGCGCAAGCUGAUGAAAUAGAAGGAAUCCCAAUUGUCCCAAGUGAUCCUAACGUGAAAAAGCCUGGGAUCAUUUUUGUGCUCGAAAAGGCCUCAUUGGAAGUUGCAAAAGUUGGAAAGACUUACCAAAUCUUGAAUUCUGAUGAUCAUGCGAAUUUCCUGAGAAAGAAUAAUAAAAAUCCUGCUGAUUAUAGGCCUGACAUUGUUUAUCAGGCUCUCUUAUCAAUCUUAGACAGCCCAGUGAAUAAGGCUGGGAGGUUGCGAGCUGUGUAUGUGAAAACAGAAAAAGGUGUUCUUUUUGAAGUGAAACCCCAUGUGCGUAUUCCAAGGACGUACAAGCGGUUUUCCGGAAUUAUGUUGCAGUUGCUUCAAAAACUAAGUAUAACUGCUGUUGGGAAGCGUGAGAAACUUCUGCGAGUAAUCAAGAAUCCUGUGACCCAGUACCUGCCUGCCAAUUCUCGUAAAAUAGGGUUCUCAUUUAGUUCAGAAAAGUUGGUUAAAAUCCGCAAGUAUGUAGAUGCAAUUGGUGAUGAUACAGAUCUUGUUUUUGUGGUUGGUGCAAUGGCCCAUGGAAAAAUUGAUUGUGAUUAUAUAGAUGAUUUCAUAGCAAUUUCUGGAUAUCCAUUGAGUGCUGCCUGGUGUAUUUCAAAGAUUUGUGAGGCCGUGGCUGACAAAUGGAAUGUAAUAUAAACGUGUCAAUUUUGUGAUACCAUCCAAUUAAUACAUUUUUGCCAUUACAUGUGAAACCUUUUAAUUGAGAAUAUUAGCAUAUGAACUAAAGACCACUUUGAAAAGUCUUAAUUGGAAUUCUCAUCCACAUGAUUAGAUGACCA